AUGGAAAGCAUAAGAGAGAGUAAAUUCAUAUUUAUGCAAAUAUAGGAAUCAAAAACAAUCAUUAGAAGUAUCAAUAUUGUUUCAUCUAGUAGAAUAGAAUUAUGUUUACAAAAUUAUGAAUUUUCCUUUUUAGACUUUUUCUUAGUGUAUUCUAAGGAGAUCUGA